UGGAAAUAUUGCCACAAGCAAUGUCCCGAGUGACGAGUGCGCACAGUACUGUUCCAUCGCAACUUUGCUAGGAUUAUUUUAUGAUUUUAUAAGUAACGGAAUAUUUAGGCUAAGCGCUCAUCUGUGGAUACGUUGUAAGAAUAACUUUUCUUAAUAUUUGCUUGUAGAAAUACAUUUCCCUUGUUUUCAGUCGUUUGAGAAGUCUACGCUUAGGAUAACUUUGUCUUGCUACCCAGACGUGAAUGGCGCCUGAGCCCAACGCUUCCCCCAGUGUGUGUGUGUGUCAGUGCAGACACACACACCCUCUCCCUCGUCAGUCUCGGUUAUCAGAUAUUUUUACCCUGCCUGGUCCGGAAUCCUGCCAGCCAAGCGGAUAAUGGCCCUACUCUCUCUCCAGUUACCCCUCAGAGUGUAAGGAGCCGAGACCACGACACACACACACACACACACACACACACACACACACACACACACACACACACACACACACACACACACACACACACACACACACACACACACACACACACACACUUCCCUGACAGCUCUGGUUUUGUUUCUGGGUGAUGACAUCAUGACCGGGGCGUUACUGAAUGGGUGAAAUGUGACAGACACACACACUCCUCGAUUCUCGCUCCUCUGACGCCCGAAGUCUUCAAACAACAUCGCUUGAGAUGGAGGCAGCUUCAGUCCACAGAGCUUCCUGUGUUUGGAUUUGUAUGAACCGUUAUCAGCCUUACUCCCACACCCCUUCCCAGCCCCGGUGCCUCUAGAGGGGCCCAUCGACCCAGGAUGCAGUGGGGCUCUGGUCAGGCCCAGCCCCAGCCACGAUGCCCAUCACCCAGGAGAACGCCCUGAGCCACAUCCAUCUACUGGAGGACUGGCUCCUGGUGGCUCAGACCAGGUACGAGGACCACUAUGGAGACCCAGACCAGCAGUCCACCACCAGCAGAGACCCAGACCAGGACUCGUACCAGGAGUCAGAACACGAGGAGGAUGCCUGCAGCACGGUCGGUAGCAGCACGGUCGGUAGCAGCACGGUCGGUAGCAGCACGGUCGGUGGCAGCACGGUCGGUAGCAGCACGGUCGGUGGCAGCACGGUCGGUGGCAGCACGGUCGGUAGCAGCACGGUCGGUAGCAGCACGGUCGGUGGCAGCACGGUCGGUGAGCAGCACGGUCGGUGGCAGCACGGUCAGUGGCAGCACGGUCGGUAG